AUGGAAAUCGCUUUCGUGGAAGAAGUGGCCGCAUCUUUGGUGAGGGAGUUUCUCAGCAAAAAGGGCUUAAGCAAGACAAGCAGCACGAUGGACCAAGAAUUCCCACGCACGGCCCUCAGUAUCAACAACAGGAAUGAGCUGCGGAAGAUUUUGCAUUUGCAGCCUUUGUAUAAACUGAACAAGACAAAGGAGAAUCCGCUGAAAACCAUUCUUGAAAUUAUGACUAGCUAUUUUCUGGAGCAGACCAUCAGCCUCCAAGGCCCUGGAAGUCCAGCCGUUAUGCACAAGAAGUCGCAGCUUAGAAAUUUGGAGACCACCGUAUUCAAGAGCUCCUUCUCUGAUGGAGACCCCUGUGUGCGAACGGUGCCUCAGACGGAGAACAACAGCUAUGAAACCAACGAGGAGACGGCCGCCCCGGCCUCUCUUUCCCAGAGGCGUUGCGUGGAAAGCAAAACGGGCAAGACCGGGCAGGCGUUGGAAAGUUCACCAGCUGAGGAGGAGAGAGCGCUUCAAAAUAGCAGAGGGGAGCUCAGAACUCCGGAGCUGUCUUCGGAGACCAGGACAGCCAUGAGAGAGAAACUCCGGAACAAGCCCGGCCUCAUCAUCCGGGGCAUGAUGGCUGGUCCCACCGCCAGCUUUCAAGAGGAUUCUUUGAAAAGAAGGCAUCUGAAGCGACCCUCUGGAGUCAGUAAUACAGCCCAGCUCCGAGAGGAAGACCAUACAAAGAGCUCUUUUGGCGUGCCGAGCGAUGAUUUCCAAGAGACUAAAGGAACCGCCAGACAAUCUGCGAGUCUCCUCGCUUUAGACUCUGCCAGUUCCCCAGACGUAGGGAAGGAGCAUUCCUCCAAGAUGUGGUUCAGCCCCCAUGCAAGCCGAGUGGACGGGAAAGCCAGAAACUCCAUCCACGACGAAAACGACCCGCUUGGCAGACCCCAAGAUGAAGUCAGGAAAUCCGCAUCCAGCUGCGAUAUGGAGGCACACGAGAAAAGCUACUGGUUAACUGGUUUUCAGAAACCCCUGGGAGAUGGAAGGGAGAGAAAAGAGAGCUCAUCCAGAAAGAGUGAUGGUCAGUUUUUGGACUGCAGAAAGACUCUGAAGUCCAUUUCCAGUCAAGGCAGCUUGGGCGAUGAUGAAUUAGAGUUAGUUGAUGUCGAGGACGAAGUGCCUGCCGUGGAGAUUUGCAACAUCCCGGAUCCUUCGGCGCUGUUUGUGCUGCAAGUAAAAUCGAAGCCCAUUGACUUCUGCCUGGCCAGAGACCUAAAAAUCCUUCUGUUCGGCUCCAGCCUCGGCUGCUUCAGCGAGGAGUGGAAAAUCCAGAGCUUCCUUUUCAGCGAAAGCCCAGAGCUCAAGUACGGCAUCGUGCAAAAAAAGGGGGGACCGUGCGGGGUGUUGGCCGCUGUCCAGGGCGGUGUCCUGCGGCAUCUUAUCUUCGGAGACAGUGGCAGGAACAGCAGCGAUCCAUGUAGGAGCCUGCAGCCUUCAGAAGCUCAGAGGACCAAAUGCCUAGCUUUGGCUCUUGCCGAUAUUUUAUGGCGUGCUGGUGGCAGCGAGAAAGCCACAGUGGCCUUGUGCUCAGGAACACAGCAGUUCACCCCCUCAGGAAAAUACAAAGCCGACGGGAUCUCGGAAACGCUUAUGUUGCACGUAGUCACAAAAUAUGAAGACCUGCUGAGGUUUCUACAGCAGAACAUUUUUCAGUUUGAAUCCGGCCCACACGGGUGCAUUCUUCUGACUCUGUCUGCAAUAUUAUCAAGAUCCAUCAAUCAAGUUCGAGGGGAUUUCGAUGUGAUCACGAACCGACUGAUUGGCGCGCACGGAUACUGUACGCAGGAGCUGGUGAACCUACUGCUGACGGGCAAAGCCGUGUCCAACGUUUUCAACGAUCUCGUCGAGCUGGACUCCGGGAACGGCCACACCACGGCUUUAAAAGGCAUCUCCGGACGGAGUGACCUCGGCUUGCUGUCCCUCUUUGAGCACUACGACGUCUGCCAGGUUGGCUGUUAUUUAAAGACCCCCAAAUUCCCCAUUUGGCUGGUGUGCAGCGAAAGUCACUUCAGCGUCCUCUUCAGCAUGCGAAAGGAUUUACUCGGGGACUGGAAGACGGAGCGGCGGUUUGACCUGUAUUACUACGACGGCCUAGCCAACCAGCAAGAGGAGAUCCGCCUAACCGUUGAUACAUCUCAGCCUUACCUUGAAGGCCAAGAAAGCGACCUCAUUCCUCCGCUGGAACACUGCAUUCGGACCAAGUGGAAAGGAGCUGUUGUCAACUGGAAUGGCACAGAACCCAUCCUGUGACCGGCCUGACCUGGCCGACUGGAAACAAGCCCUAUUCCCAUACUCAGAGGAAGUCGGACAGCUGCCGUGCCUUCUUUUGUUGC